GACUUUCCGUAUGUGGGAGCCAAGUACUUCUAACGGCCUGAUAAGUGUGUGUGUGUCGUGGGGAAACGUGUGGGAAGCAACACCAGAACACCCAGUGGACCAGGUGGAAAGGUCAAGUUGAGGUCGGGGAAACUAUAACUAAAGGCCUAAGUGGGUUUUAGUCGUGUUUUGGUGGGUUUUCGUCGUGCUUUAGUAGGUUUUAGUUGUGUUUGAAUGGGUUCUAGUAGGUUUUAGUCGUGUUUGAAUGGGUUCUAGUAGGUUUUAGGCGUGUUUGAAUGGGUUCUAGUAGGUUUUAGUAGGUUUUAGGCGUGUUUGAAUGGGUUCUAGUAGGGUUUAGUCGUGUUUGAAUGGGUUCUAGUAGGUUUUAGUAGGUUUUAGGCGUGUUUGAAUGGGUUCUAGUAGGUUUUAGCAGGUUUUAGUCGUGUUUGAAUGGGUUCUAGUAGGUUUUAGUCGUGUUUGAAUGGGUUCUAGUAGGUUUUAGCAGGUUUUAGUCGUGUUUGAAUGGGUUCUAGUAGGUUUGAGUCGGUUUUAGUUGUGUUUGAAUGGGUUCUAGUAGGUUUUAGUCGUGUUUGAAUGGGUUCUAGUAGGUUUGAGUAGGUUUUAGUCGUGUUUGAAUGGGUUCUAGUAGGUUUUAGUCGUGUUUGAAUGGGUUCUAGUAGGUUUUAGUCGUGUUUGAAUGGGUUCUAGUAGGUUUGAGGCGUGUUUGAAUGGGUUUUAUUAGGUUUUAGUCGGUUUUAAUUGUGUUUUGAAAUUGGAUCAUAGGAAGCGAGCCCUUUUUAAUAACAGCGUUUGUUUGUUUUUUUUUGUUUUUUUACACGACAUGUUACAAGACAUGAUACAAGACAUGAUACAAGACAUGAUACAAGACAUUUUACACGACAUGAUACAAGACAUGAUGCAAGACAUGUUACAAGACAUGUUAUAAGACAUGUUACAAGACAUGAUACAAGACAUGAUACAAGACAUUUUACACGACAUGAUACAAGACACGAUGCAAGACAUGUUACAAGACAUGUUAUAAGACAUGUUACAAGACAUGAUACAAGACAUGAUACAAGACAUGUUACAAGACAUGUUAGAAAAAACAUGAUAUAAGACAUGUUACAAGACAUGAUACAAGACAUGAUACAAGACAUGAUACAAGACAUGAUACAAGACAUGUUAUAAGACAUGUUACAAGACAUGAUAUAAGGCAUGUUACAAGACAUGAUACAAGACAUGAUACAAGACAUGUUACAAGACAUGUUACAAGAGAUGUUACAAAACAUGAUACAAGACAUAUUACAAGACAUGAUACAAGACAUGAUACAAGACAUGUUACAAGACAUGUUACAAGAGAUGUUACAAGACAUGUUACAAGAGAUGUUACAAGAGAUGUUACAAAACAUGAUACAAGACAUGUUACAAGACAUGUUACAAGAGAUGUUACAAGACAUGAUACAAGACAUGAUACAAGACAUGAUACAAGACAUGUUACAAGAGAUGUUACAAGACAUGUUACAAGACAUGUUACAAGAGAUGUUACAAGACAUGAUACAAGACAUGAUACAAGACAUGAUACAAGACAUGAUACAAGACAUGUUACAAGACAUGUUACAAGAGAUGUUACAAGACAUGAUACAAGACAUGAUACAAGACAUGAUACAAGACAUGUUACAAGAGAUGUUACAAGACAUGAUACAAGACAUGAUACAAGACAUGAUACAAGACAUGAUACAAGACAUGAUACAAGACAUGAUACAAGACAUGAUACAAGACAUGAUACAAGACAUGUUACAUGGUCGACAAUUGAAUGGGAACUAUUUCAGGCAAGGCGUUUCUAAAGAUGCUCAGCUGGGGUGGCUCCAAAAAUGUCCCGCAUACGAUCCGCACGAGGUCAAGGUCUCUUCUCGUCCUUACGUUCCUGUGUCUUGCGAUGACGCCCACCAAUGGCUGCCAACCAGGGGAUGUCACGUGCGACUGUAACGUCACAAAGUUUGAGGUGGGUCACCUUGUCAGGGAAACUCUUAUUUACUAAUGACGAAUCGUGUCAUGUAAAGAAGGGUUUGGGGGGGGGGGCCUCCAUUGCUAUGGCUAACACAGGGGGGGGCUAAAUGGUAUAUUAUCAUAAAUGAUCGAAAAGAGACCAAUAUCCCAAAAGGAAGGAAAAGGGAUCGGGGGGGGACUAAAUGGUAUAUUAUCAUAAAUGAUCGCAAAGAGACCUAUAUCCCAAUAGGAAGGAAAAGGUAUCGGGGGGGGGGGGCAGCGGCGUAGCGAAGGUGUUUGGCGCCCGGGGACAAGAUUCGCGCCCGGGGACAACAUCCAUUUUAAGGCGCCCCUUUUUCUUUUUUUUAAACUCUCAAACCCAUUAUUUUCAUCAAUAAAAUAAUAUCAAAGCGCAUUUUGGCGCCCCUAACUACCUUGCGCCCGGGGGCAUCUGCCCCUGCACCCCCCUCGCUACGCCUCUGGGGGGAGAUUUAUGGUCAAAAGGAACAAAGGUAAGAGUCAUUAAUAAGACGCAGAGUGCUACUUACGAUGACAAGCUGAGUUGGUCAAAGGUAAGAGUCAUUAAUAAGACGCAGAGUGCUACUUUAUGAUGACAAGCUGAGUUGGUCAAAGGUAAGAGUCAUUAAUAAGACGCAGAGUGCUACUUUAUGAUGACAAGCUGAGUUGAUUUCAUUUUUACAGGUUGAGUCAGAUCCUGUUGGACCGAAUUCGCCGAAAAAACUCGACAGCACAGUAAAAUUUAAAGGUGUGUUGUGUCAUAUGUAGCUGGUGUCUCGUGUCAUGUAGCUGUUGUGUCAUUUCACGUGCAGUGCCACAUGCACAAUCAUUUGAUGUGUCCAAUACUGCCCUAUAAUGCAGAUUAUUCCACAUUAAUUUUGACAUGUGUCCAAUUUUUGUUACCAUUUGAAGAUCAGAAAUCAUUUGACCAAAGUAGGAUUAGAAUCUAUUCUUCAGAGAUGGUCACUAGGCAAUGUUUACUAUGUCAUUCUAAUCAAACAUUUAUUUUUAUGUACUGAUGUCGUGAACAAGGGAACACGCCCGAAAUCCACUACAAAGCCAUCCACAGUGCACAGCGAUAAAACCAUGCACAACCCACAGCGAUAAAACCAUGCACAACCCACAGCGAUAAAACCAUGCACAACCCACAGCGAUAAAACCAUGCACAACCCACAGCGAUAAAACCAUGCACAACCCACAGCGAUAAAACUAUGCACAACCCACAGCGAUAAAACCAUGCACAACCCACAGCGAUAAAACCAUGCACAACCCACAGCGAUAAAACCAUGCACAACCCACAGCGAUAAAACCAUGCACAAUGCACAGCGAUAAAACCAUGCACAUUCCACGGCGAUAAAACCAUGCACAAUGCACAGCGAUAAAGCCAUCCACAGUGCACAGUGAUAAAACCAUGCACAACCCACAGCGAUAAAACCAUGCACAAUGCACAGCGUAAAAACCAUGCACAAUCCACGGCGAUAAAACCAUCCACAAUGCACAGCGAUAAAAUCAUCCACAGUGCACAGCGAUAAAACCAUCCACAGUGCACAGCGAUAAAACCAUCCACAGUGCACAGUGAUAAAACCAUGCACAAUGCACAGUGAUAAAACCAUCCGCAAUGCACAGCGAUAAAACCAUCCCCAGUGCACAGUGAUAAAACCAUGCACAAUGCACAGGGAUAAAACCAUCCACAGCGCCCAGCACACCCCCACACACACCCAAACCUACAUACACAACCUAUUCCUCUAUCUCAGCUCCCUCCCACAUUACAUUUUCUAAUUAUUUUAAAACCACAUAUAUAUUUCUGCCCCUCCACCCCAUCGCGACCCAACCCAUCACAGCUACCACAAAUUGGUCCUUGAAUACUUCCAUCCACAUGAAUGUGUUUGUGGGUGGUCAUCUGCUGGCCAGCGACGUUGCUGAAGACAACAACAAUCUCUCUCAACUCCUGGCCAGCUACGGCGGUGCAGUCAACAACAAUCUCUCUUGCGGUGAAGACAUUCAAGAGGAGUUCGAAUUCGUCAACAGUAAGUUUUAGCACUACGACAUCAGGCCGGUGCCACUAGGCCAGUGGUUCUCAACCUUCCUAGUGCCGCGACCCUUUAAUACAGUUUCUCGUGUCGUGGCGACUCCCCAGCCACACAAUUAUUUUCGUUGCAACUUCACCGCUGCACUAGGCGAUCGUAAGUCAUAACCUGUGGGCAGAGAUGUAGCCAGGGGCGUACGCGGCCACCCUGAGGGACCUGCGUCAGAGGAAUGUCAAAUCGUACAUUUCAUUAUAUAUUUAGGCCUGGGUCCACUAGCGUAGCAAGGGGUCACCGAUCCGCCCCUGGAGCCCCAAUUUCACAAAUUAUCCAUAUAUAGUGACGAAGAAAGGGACUCGGGGGGGGGGGGGGGGCAUUCCAUCCGUGGCGGCACUUAAGUCUCUGUUUCGAGGUGCAGUAUUUUUUUUCAUGGAAUGAGGGUGUACAAAAUCUUGGCCCAUAUAGGCGGCACUAACCCUAGAUACGCCACUGUCCAUUAAAUAUUUAUGGGCACAGCUUUUCCUCGGCACGGCCGUGGCUGUAACUAUUGUGCUGGAAGUGCGAAGGCCGCUGGCGGGUUUGAGAUGGUAUGUCCUUCAAAAGGUGUAGAUUUAGGUGGGGAUUUGGAGGGGGGGGGGGAAGAUAACAUUUUUUGAACAUCUUACAUUACGUUUAAUUUGAGAGUUCUUAGAUUUGCUGAUGUCGAUAUCUUGGCGCUAAAAGUAAUUGCCAAUCUUGGUUAUCUAAAUCUUGGUACACAGCACUGGCGCAGCUAAGAUUGGUGCCACACGGUGCGGUCAACUUACGGUGUCACCACCCCUUUCCCUCCCCCGACUUCUUGUUAAAACAAGUCAACCGUUUAAUCAUGAAAUAAAUAAAAAUAAAUAAAUUUAAAUUAAAUACUAAAGGAUAUUUGAAAAUUUUGUAAAAUAGUAUUUUGUUAACCCUAUAAAUGGGUAAAAAGUAAUUAUUCAAUUUUUAAAAAAAAACCGAUUUGAAUCAUGUACUUAGAAUCUCCCAACCUCGUCGUAGUUGGUAUCAAUGGGAAGAUUCGUUUCAAAAAUUUUCGAUAAGCAUAGCUUCCUGUCACUUACGAAAAUUAAAUCAUGGUCAAAGCGGUGUUCUUCUGAACGCCCUCUUUUUCCACAUGAAACACGAUUCACUUUUUGACACAUACAGAACAAUUGGAAAACGAGAGCUUGUCGGGUCACCCCAUAGUCGACGUUGUGAUAUUUGUCAAACACCCCGACAACCCCCAAGGCGGUGACUUGUCAUGUGACAACCCGUUCUGUAAGAGCUUUCAGGUGUACUAUCACUUUCCACCGGCGCCCAAGAACGUCCUGAUGAGCCACAAGCGGAGAAAGGCAAUGUGAGUAGUACCACAUGGGUGUGUGGGUUGUCUGUUCAAGUACACAACUGUGUCUUUUUAUGUACACACCCACACGGUCUGCUCAUGUACGCAGCCAUACUUUUCUUUCAUGUACACAUCAAUCCUUUAAAGGUGUUAGCCUAUUCCAUUUAAUAUAUAGUUUUGUGUACAAGGGCUGGCCAAAGAAAUCAUGCAGGGCGCAACGAGAGGAGGGAGAAGAAGAGGAACACAGAGGAAAAGAUGUGAAGAUAACAUCAAAGAGUGGACGGGACUAAAGCUAGGCGAUGCUGUGCGAAGUGCAGAAAACAGAGAGGAAUGGAGAGGGAUAGUUUUCAUGUCAUCUGUGGCGCCCCAAAGGUUCAAGGACUAAGGGACAUGAUGAUGAUGAUGAUGAGUUUUGUGUACAGUUAAAUCCGACUUGAGAUAUAGUUUACCAUUUCAUGUCUGUCACCUAACUUCCAUUCUGUCCCCUAACUUCCAUUCUGUUACCCAACUUCCGUUCUGUCCCCUAACUUCCAUUAUGUCCCCUAACUUCCGUUUUGUCACACAACUCCCGUUCUGUCAACCAACUUCCGUUCUGUCCCCUAACUUCUGUUCUGUCCCCUAACUUCCAUUCUGUUACCCAAAUUCCGUUAUUUCCCUUAACUCCCGUUCUGUCACCUAACUUCUGUUCUGUCCCCUAACUUCCGUUCUGUUACCUAACUUCCGUUCUGUCACCUAACUUCCGUUCUGUCCCCUAACUUCCGUUCUGUCCCCUAACUUCCGUUCUGCCCCCUAACUUCUAUCACCAAACCUCCUUUCUGUCAACGAAAGGUUCAUGGUUUUAUUUUAUGCCAGUGAGUCUCACGAUGUAAAAAAAAAAGAAAGUAUUUUCUCUUUCAGCACUGGAGAUACGGUGUCUAUAAAAUGUUCUACCACAGACGGCUACCCCAAGGUGGAGAAAUUUAGGAUCCGUGCGUUUGGCACAGACAACGAAACUGCGCUCUACGAGCCAAAUUCUGUAGGUGCACGUGUUACAGUCUCAUAAAGGUUCACAAACAAAUGCAAACAACCACAAUACAUCGACGUCGUCAAUAACAAAAAAGACAAGGUUUUUGUUUAUCUCUAUGUAUUUGUGUAACUUGACACUUGAUACUUGACACUCGACUCUUGACACUUGACACUCAACACUUGACACUUGGCAAUUGACACUUGACACUCGACACUUGGUACUUGACACUCAACACUUCGCACUCAACACUUGACACUCAACACUUGACACUUGGCACUCAACAAUUGACACUCGACACUUGACACUCGACACUUGACACCCAACAUUUGACACUUGACACUCGACACUUGACACUCAACACUUGACAUUCAACAUUUGACACUCAACACUUGACACUCGACAUUUGAUACUCAACACUCGACACUUGACACUCAACACUUGACACUCGACAUUUGACACUCAACACUUGACAUACAACACUUGACACUCGACACUUGACACUCAACACUCGACAUUUGACACUUGAUACUUGACACUCGACACUUGAAACUCGACAGUUGACACUCGACACUUGACACUCAACACUUGUCACUCGACAUUUGACACUCGAUACUUGACACUCAACAUUUGACACUUGACAUUUGACACUCGACACUUGACACUUGACAUUUGAUACUUGACACUCGACAUUUGACACUUGACACUCGACACUUUAAAAUGGAUCCCAUUAGGUUUAGUUGAUCAUGAUGGAUGUGUCCUGGUCUUUUAGGUGGUCAUGAUGGAUGUGUCCUGGUCUUUUAGGUGGUCAUGGUGGAUGUUUCUUGUUAUUUAGGAGAUCAUGAUGGAUGUUUCUUGUUAUUUAGGAGGUCAUGAUGGAUGUUUCUUGUUUUUUAGGAGGUCAUGAUGGAUGUUUCUUGUUCAUUUAGGAGAUUACAAUGGCUGCGCAUGAAUUGUGGACGUUCAAGUGUGAGGCCAUUAGCUCCCCGUUCGGUAAUGAGGUCGUAGUCCUGUCGGAAAUACAUUUUGUGGUCGCCAACGAAACCGCGGACCAGGAUGACAUGGAUGGCAUGGAUGACAUGGAGGGCCCGGACAACAAGAAAUCGUUGGCUCGUUUCGAUUCAGGCAAGGCAGGCGACAACGAAUCGGAAACAAACACCUCGACCGUCACCAGCCCGGAGAACCCAACCAUCACCACCACGGAAAUCUUGACCACCAGCAGCCCGGAGCACUCGACCACCACCAGCCCGGAGAUCUUGACCAUCGCCAGCACGGAGCACUCGACCACCACCAGCCCGGAGAUCUUGACCAUCGCCAGCACGGAGAUCUUGACCACCCCAGUGGCGACGAGUUCAACGAUAGAUCAAGAAAUGACCAUCUCAGGGAGCGAGGAGCCGGCUAGGUCCACCAGGAAACUCAGAGUCAUGCCCGGCUGGACCCGGAAGUGGAUACAACCCCCGGUAAGGCGCAGAAGAACCACCAGACAGCAUGAAACCAAAAGGACCACUAGAACUACUAAGAUGCCGAUCAUUCUGACGUCACAGGAGGCCAUUGUGGAUCCGGACAAGGGGGGCUCGUUCGAAGCCCAGAUGGCUGACCGUCACUUAAAGCAAGAGCCAAACAAGAAAGAUAAUAAAUUUGUGCAACAACGUGAGUUGAUAUAUUAUAUAUUUUUAAAAUUCGUUUUUUUUUGUGUCACUAGUUAAGUUUUAAAUUAUUUCCCAAAAAAUUGACGAAGAGCCUUCACACCACCACCACCCCAAAUCAUUGGUAAAAUGUUUAAACUGUAUACGAACUGACCAUCAUCUUCACUGGUGAGGGACAUUUCAGACCAAGGGUCUUCUUUAAUAUCAGUAGUGUUGGGGAAAGUUGACAUCAAUUAAGAAGGGAAUGGAAUACCCUCAUCCUGACACCUGGCAACUAUUCCCAUGGUAAUUGGCUGGGCUAACAACCAGUCACAUGAUAAGUUCUGGGCUAGCAACUAUUCCCAUGAUAAGUGCUGGGCUAGCAACAAUUGUCAUGAUAAGUUUACAUUUAAGACAGAUAACAUGUUCGUAUCGCAUCAUCAUUUAGGCUUUGUAGGUUUAUGCUAAAGUUAUGAGUGCGCACAAUUUAGCAAAGGAAUAAAGAAAUGUAACGGACAUUACAUUUAAAAAGUAAAACGUGAUUUUAAAAAAUAAUUUUAAAGAUAUUUUUAAAAAAAUAAUAACACUUCAAUUCAACGUAAUUAGUUAUUUAGUGGGACCUAGAGGGGCUCGUUGGGGUACCCCUUCAUGCCGUGGCACCCAGAGGGGGGGGGGGCUCGCUGUGGUACCCCUUCAUGCCGUGGCACCCAGAGGGGCUCGCUGUGGUACCCCUUCAUGCCGUGGCACCCAGAGGGACUCGCUGGAGCACCACAUCAUGCCAUGGCAGCCAGGGACAGGCUUCUUGGGGUAUCCCUUCAUACCGUGGCACCCAGAGGGGCUCGCUAGGGUACCCCUUCAUACCGUGGCACCCAGAGGGGCUCGCUGGGGCACCACAUCAUAACAUGGCAGCCAGAUAGGCUUGUUGGGGUACCCCUUCAUGCCAUGGCACCCAGAGGGGCUCACUGUGGUACCUCUUCAUGCCGUGGCACCCAGAGGGGCUCGCUGUGGUACACCUUCAUGCCGUGGCACCCAGAGUUGCUCGUUGGGGCACCUCAUGGCACCUGUUGUAAAAUGUAACCCUUUAUAAUUUCUAGAACGCAUUAUUAAUGUUACCCGACUGCUAGAAUUAACAAUACAAACUUCUGUUAAUGGGUUAACUCAUGCCUCAUGUUGUGUCAAGGAUGUGUCUUAACUUUUUCAAUGCGUCUCAAAUGUAUGAAAUUUGUCGUGUCUUAAAUUUAAGCAAAGUCUUUUUAAUAUAAGUUAUGUUUCUUAAAUGUAAACAAUGUGUCUUAUAUGUAUGCAGUAUGUCUUAUAUGUAAGCAGUGUGUCUUAUUAGUAACAAGUGUGUCUUCUAUUUAAGCAGUAUGUCUUAUAUGUAAGCAGUGUGUCUUAUAUGUAAGCAGUGUGUCUUAUAUGUAAGAAGUGUGUCUUAAAUGUAAAUAGAACUGUGUCCGUAUCUCAUCAUCUUGUUGGUAAUUGAAUCCAGUUUUUAAUGUUAUGUAACAUCACCAAUGGGAUACAACAAAAUGUCUUUUCUUUGUGUCUGUCUUCCACUCAGACUCCACCUCAGGGGGCGAGAGGCACUAUCACGUGACUGCAUUGGAGCUGGCCGUGAUGGGCAUCUCUUUGGUAUUUUGUCACUUGUGGUGACCUCACAGGUCACAUCCGGUUCCCUGUUUCAAGUAACAGGCAGGAAAGCAGCAGAUGGCCUGACAUGGAAUGUCAUAGAGUCGUGGAACUGUGGUGUCGGGACACAGAAUGUCAUGAAACUAGAGCCUGUCAGAUAUCAUGGUCCCAUGAAAUAGAAUAGGGGUGAUUUGACCAAUCAAGUACAUCUUGCCACACAUAUAGUUUAACCCUUAGCAUCUACAUCCCGUCCCCCGCUCUCUCUCUCCCUCUCUCUCUCUCCCUUUCUCUCUCCCUAUCUCCCCUUCUCUUUCUUUAUCUCUCUCCCUCUCCUUCUCUUUCCCUGUCCCCAACUCUCUCUCUCUCUCUCUCUCUCUCUCGCUGUCUUUCUCUCUCUCCUUUACAUCAUUUAGAUAUCCCUAAUAGAUAUCCCUAAUAGAUAUCCCUAAUAGAUAUCCCUAAUAGAUAUCCCUAAUAGAUAUCCCUAAUAGAUAUCCCUAAUAGAUAUCCCUAAGUAUUUUAACAGCUGCUAUAAUAAAUAAAGUAAACGGAGGAGAAACAUUUUUAAACGCCUCAUCCGGAGAGACACUCCGCU